AAAAAAAAACAGAUUAACCCGUGGCCCCUUCGAGCGAAUGUCUUCAUUUUCAUUUUCUUUCCCUCACUCUCGCUAAUUUUCCCUCAGUUUCCCGGAAAAAUCAAACAUAAAUGGCGGAAUGGACCCUUCUCCCAAAAGACCUGCUAGAGCAAAUCUCCAAAUGUCUCGACACCUCCAUUGAUCUCCUUCGAUUCCGCUCCGUUUGCACUUCAUGGCGAUGCUCUGUCUCCCCAAAGCCGCGCCGCUUAUCGGGCACUUUCCGGAUUCUUCCAAACGACGGAAUCUCCCGCACCUCAUUCGGUUUCUACCUCUCCAGACGUACCGUAUUCCUUAUCAGGCUACCCGAUUCCCAUAACCAGGCGGCCCCAAAGGGCUGGCUCGUCAAAAUCGAGGAAGAUAUCCCUGAUAGAAAGCGAUUGUUGAAUCCUCUAUCUAGGUAUAAGUUGAAUUCUUUACCCAGUAACUUUCCUCGCGUGUUGAAUUUACUGAACUUGCGGAUCUGCCAAUUGGGUCAAGAAUAUGUUCUGCAUCACGUUAACUAUAAGCCCAAUUCUUCGUCUUUCAGUGACGCUGGCAAUCUAUACAUGGAGAAAGUGGUAAUGAUAUGGUUGAAUUGUGAAAGUGAUUUUAUGUUGCUUACCAUUCAUGUUUCGGGAAAACUGGCUUUGUUUAGAAGUGGUGAUAGGAGAUGGACUAUAAUAAAAGAUAUGCCAUCUCCUUACGAUGAUGUAAUUGUUUAUAAAGGUAAUUUUUAUGCGGUUGACAACACAGGGAGGACUGUGGUUGUGGGGUUGAAUACAGAGUUGAGUUUGACUGCAAAUCCUGUUUUUGGUGGUGACAAGAAGUAUUUGGUUGAGUCCGAUGGUGAAUUAUUAUUGGUUGACAUGUAUUUGAGCAUUGAUACUGAAGAAGAGAGUCUGAGCUUUGGUGAGGAAUAUUUGGAGCACCUUGCCCAGUAUAUGAGCGAGAGGACGGUUAGGUUCAGGGUUUAUAAGUUGGAUGAAGAAGCAAAAAGCUGGAUUGAGGUGAGAAGCUUGGGUGAUCGUGUUUUGUUUUUGGGUGAUGAUUCUACCUUUUCUGCACCUGCUUCGGAUCUUUCUGGGUGCAAAGGGAAUUGUAUAUUUUUUGUGGAUAAUUUCUUCUAUUCCAGGGAUGAGUGUCCAACUGGCGGAGAUGAUGGAGUGUUGGCAGGUCGUGACAUAGGCGUGUUUGAUUUGGAGAAUGGUUGUAUUGGACCUUUGGGAAAUUACCCUGAACUUGCCAAGAUGUUCUGGCCACCUCCCCAUUGGGUUACUUUGGCAUCCUUGGAAGUGAUCUGAUCUGGUGGUACAGUAAUUUCGGUUGUUCAAAUGGGCCAGGUCCAAGAAUUGGGCCCGUUGGUGGAGUUGGACCUGCUUAUCCUAAUGCUAUGUUCAGUCCAAGCCUAGCACCCCAUUUUAUCUUCUUCCCCAUUGUGUUAACAGAGAAACAACGUGAAAGUUCUCUGGCCCUGAUUUUGGUCUGAAACUCUCUCUCUAUUCUUGCUUCCACCUCUUUCCUUUGACAUAGACCAUGGGUCUCUAACAUGAACUAUUCCCAAAUGAGUUGAGAAUUUUGUUGUUGAACCUUGUGAACCCAAUGAAGAGAGGCUCCCUCCAUGCAAGCUAAGGCCGAUGGAACUUCCUUGGCCACUGUUGUGCAAUGUGCAACAAAGCGUUGAUUGUCAAGGGCUGGGCAAUCAUCAAUGCCUUCAUCAUUGAAGCUGGGUAAUUCAAUUUUUUUGGGUGUUAGCUGGGGCUCUUCGGCAAUUACUGGAAGAGUUGGGUGCCUCUGAUUCGAUGGGUCCUCUGAAAUGCCCGCGUUGGAGUCAUGGUAUGUCCCUGGUUAUUACUCUCAACCUUCUUCCUUUCACCAAAGUGAUUAACAUACUUUCAAUUGUAUCUAACUUUUCUAAUUUUUUUUUUUUUGUUUCUGGUUUCCUUGAAUGAGAUGGCUAUUGCUUCUAACUUGUUAAAUCGUUGAUUCUGUUCUUGUCGCAUGGUCUCCAACGGCUCUUCUAAGUUUGCAAUUCUCCUCUUAUCCUCUCCACUCUGUUUUCCAUUCUGAUUUUUGAUCCGGCAAGUCAGACCAAUUUGAUAGAGUUGGGGGUUUGAAAAGAGAAAUUAAAGAGAGAAAAUGUAAAGGGAAUUGCUAAACAGAGCUGUUCUGGCCCGGCAAGUAUGCCGUUACAAUAAGAGAUCACUCAAGCAUGCUCCUAUUCUAUUGUUUAUUACCAUAUAUAAUUUUCUUUCCUGCACAUGCUAUUUCUUUGGGCAUUCAGUUACCGGCUAGCUAGCUCCAACUCAUCCCUCCUUCUAGGACCUUCCUCCUUGCUAUUAGAAGCGCCUGCUAGGUCUCUCUCUUUCUUCAUUUCUUCCUCUGCAUUCUACCAGGUCCAGGCCCAUCUUUCUUCAGCUUUCCCUAAUCUGCAUAAUUCAUAUCAAACCCAUUUGAGGCAAACCAUCAAGAUAGGUCAUUCUUGGGGCAUGAAUCCUCUGAAGGGAAAGCUGGUGAAGUAGCUAUAUUUUUUAUUAAGAACGGUGACCCCACCACCAAUCAUUUCUUGUAACCUUUAGCCUUCAUGGAUCUACUUCCCAUGGUUGGAUCAGGAGGCUCCCAAAAUUCACCCUACUGUGUGUCCAAUUUUGGUUUCCUCAACAAAACCCUAAUCCAAGUAUCCAUCAGAAUCAUAUGCAUCAUUUUUGUUCAGACUGCUUGGGUUAUCCAUAUGAUUUCACAAUCAAGCCUCUGUCUUUAUGUAGAGAAUAGUCAAAAUUUCAAGUCAACACUUAAGCACUAAUUGUCAAGUUUCCUUUGUCAUUUUCUACUUUUACUUUAUUCAAUUUACCAUUGAUUCCCUGACUCUGUUAAAUAUUGCCUCAUGCUUGGUUUAUUAGAUUUUCCAUGGCAAAGUUAAAACUUCUGUCACCAAAAUCCAGAACUUAAAAUGCUUUAGUUGGAUGAUAAGAGUGCAGAUGUUCCUGGGUCAUGGUUAUCUUAAUUUUACAUGCUUAUACUGAGUAUUUAAUUUUAUUUUCAGUUGCAAUUUGAGUACACUAGAUUUCCCAUUGGUUUGUACCAGUAUGUGCUUUGUAGUGUUGCCGUUAGUUUAGUGAUGUGCAGACCCACAAAUUUUUGGCUUGAUUAUGAUUGUGCAUUAGCAUAUCAGUCGGUCCAUCAAAUAGUGUUGUAUCGACGUUCUUGUCAUAUUUUCAAACAUUCCUGCUUAUGUUUUAUAUAUAACGGCAUUCUUAAUGCUAAGUUUAUGAAUG